UGAACUAACCCUUUAAUAUGAAAGGAAAAAUAGGGAGCAUUGAAUUUUAGAACAUGUAUCAUGAUCCUAGCAAGCUAUAUUACCAUCUGAAACCGUCAGUAUAUAAAAAUAUUGCCACAAAACUAUGGUACACCAACAGUCUGGAGAAUAAAACAAAAAAUAUAUUUAAAGAUACAAAGGAGUGAAAUGACGAAUUUUAUGAUCAGCAUACCAAAAACACAUUACCUGGCCGUACUGCUAAGAUAAUGUAAAUUUCAAGACGAGAGAGAGAGAGAGAGAGAGAGAGAGAGAGAGAGAGAGAGAGAGAGAGAGAGACUUUGAUCUGAGAGCAUCACCUGGCUCGGAUGCUGUUGUCUGUUGUCUGGUUGGGUCCAGCUCACAGUCGCGUCCGUCUUCACUCAGCGCACCACAGACUCCUCGGCACCUUCAGAACAAGCAGAACUCGAGUACUGUACUACAUACUGCAACUGUAGCGCAACAAGGGGCAUUUCAGCAGGACCGGGUCUUUUCCAAAUGAACACAAAACGGCACACAGCUGCAGGUGCCGGACGCCAAAGUGUGUCGCGUGUUUAGGAUAAUUGUGGACUACCACCGACUUCUCUGGUUUGUGCUCUUGGUUUCUUUCAGUCAGAAUUCGAUUGUGUGAACAACAUGAAGAUGUCUCCCCCAGACCGAAGGAAAUACGUGCGUGAUCUGGCUCUGGAGAUCGCCGUGAGAGUGCUGCUCUUCGGAGUUUUUGUGUUCACAGAGUUCCUGGAGCCUUUUGAGAGAGUUAUCCAACCUGAAGAACUAUGGCUCUACAAGAACCCUCUGGUGGAAUCUGACCACAUCCCAAAGAGAGUCAUGUUUGCAAUUUCAUUCCUGACCCCGUUGGCUGUGAUAUUUGUGGUGAAGAUUAUACAGAGGACAGACAAGACAGAAAUUAAAGAGGCUUGUUUAGCGGUAUCUCUCGCACUAGCUUUGAAUGGCGUCUUCACAAAUACCAUCAAGUUGAUAGUUGGCAGGCCAAGGCCAGACUACUUCCACCGCUGUUUCCCUGAUGGCCAAAUGAAUGCCAAGAUGCUGUGUACUGGAGAGCCAGACCUGGUGUCUGAGGGCCGGAAGAGUUUUCCCAGCAGCCAUUCCUCCUUUGCUUUCUCUGGCCUGGGCUUUACCUCAUUUUACUUGGCGGGCAAGCUGCAGUGCUUCACAGAUGCCGGACGCGGGCGCAGCUGGCGUCUCUGUGCCAUGGUCUUACCCCUCUACAGUGCCAUGAUGAUCGCCCUGUCCCGCACCUGCGACUACAAGCAUCACUGGCAAGAUGCAUUUGUUGGGGGAGUGAUUGGCCUCUUCUUUGCCUAUGUCUGUUAUCGGCAGCACUACCCACCCUUCCUCCACAUAGACUGCCACCUGCCCUACGCUAGUCUGGCUGCAGCAACCGCCCACAACAUGCCAGCCUCCCAGGAUCAACCUCUGCCCACUGAUAAUGCCACCAGCCUGCCUCUGGAGGGCAUGACCGAGGGACCAGUAUGACUAAUAGAGUCACAUUCCUCUGACCCCCUACCACACCAACGUGGUAUGAACCACACUUGACUGACACUUGCACAUUCCAAUGAACUGGACCAUCCCAUUUCAUUUAGUUUCUUCUUCCUCCUCCUUCUUCAGUCAUUAAGCAGAGUUACAGCUGCUGUUCUCAGAUCUGUUAUGCUUAAUUUAAUUACUCAAUAUUAGUAUUGGCAAGUUGGAACCUGGUGCAAGAAUCUCUCUCUAACAAAAGAACCAUGUAAAGUCUCCAAGUACCAUGGCAAGUAAUAAAGAGUACCAUGAUACACAGAAUUGGUAAUCAUUCAGUGCCAUUAUAUAUACUGAGUCUUGUAUAGCCAACUGAGACUUUUUUUUUUUUUUUGUAAGGGCUGUCUGUGAUCCAAAUAGCAAAUCGUUGCUCUGAGAGAUGAAAUUCUUAUGCUAAAAGGUUUCAUUCAUAAAUCUCUAAUCUCAGAUUGAAAUCCCAUCUCAUCAGUUCAUUAUUUGCACUGGUUUUCUUCAUAUUGUUUUGUGUUUAUUCAGUAGCAGGUGUACAUGCAUGUUAACAGCUUCGCCACGUGUACAGUGUACCAGACACAGAGGAAUUAGAAUGGAAGGACAGACUCAGUAGUAAAAAUACCAAGGCAUCACAUCAAAUGAUCAAACCAUGGGUUUUGGACACAACAUUUUAGAAGUUCUAAGUACAUAUCAUGGUGUAAGAAUUUGGUAAUCAUUCAGUGCCACAGUACUUUUUUGUAAGGUUGUAGGACAAGAUAUAGGACGAUAAAGUUACCUACAACAUCCAAAAUAAGGUGUGUGGCAUAUAUUCAGGAGCAUGAUUUGAUUUUAAAACAAUGGAAGAAAAAAAGUUAAAUGAUCUGUCUAAUGAAUUAUAGGGUAUAUAAUAUAUUAUGUAUAUAUAUAUAUAUAUAUAAUAUAUAUAUGGUAUAUAUAUACCACUAAAACAAGCUUACUUAAUAUUAAAAAUCCAAUUUUUGAUUGAAUGAGCCACAUUGCAAUUAUUUCAUUGUUAAAUUAUUUAUUAGAAAAAGGAUAGCUUUGAUUCCAAACUCUGAAAAUAAUGUUUGUUCACCAAUUGUAUUGUUGCUGAAGUGACUGGGCCGUCUUUGGACGUUUCGACACUUCCAGUGUAGACAAGCUCAAAAUCGUUGAAUCAAGCUGUGACCGGCUGUGACACGUCAUCAGCUACUUCAAAGGUAGAUCAUGGCUUAUUACAAUAAUAUACCCAUAAUGCAUCUUUACUGACUUCAGAAAAACUUUAUCUCUGCUAAUCUGUUGUAUUUUUAUUCGCAUUAUGUUUUAAAACUGGCUAUAUUGAAUGUCUUUGUGGACUAACUGGUUGUCCAUGGCAACUUGUCGAUAAAUAUUGACAUGCUGCGCUUCCAGAGAUCAUUGGCCCAUGACAUUGACAGUCUCCGCCACAGACACUCCCUCUCACUGCAUUUCUUUUUUGCUCACUUUAUGUGACACUUUAUUUUUCAUCCUCUAUAGCUUAAAGGUUUAUUCAUUUUGUGUCCUUCAACCCACGCUGUUUUAAAAUGCUUCCUUUUCAUCUUUAAAUUCACUUACACUUUUAACUGGCAUACUGCUAAUACAGUUUUUGAACAUGCUAAUACCGUGGUAUUUUUUGAAGUACCCUGUAAUAUGGUAUAUUAAUAUUGUAAUCAUAGAACAUCAUGGUAUUAGCACCUGAUUACUGUACCAUUGUUUUGCCACUGUGCAUAUUAGCAAAGUACUUCUUCAGCUUUUGUCUUAUUUUCUCCUUGUUUUGUUUUCUCAAUCUAAUCAAACUAUUUCACUGUUUGAUCUCUACAUGUUCCAUUAUCUGUUCCUGUUCCUGCCUUUUUUUAUCAUCUUUAUCCAACCAUUCUCCAAACUGCUGAUCCUCUGUAGGGAUGCUGGAGUCCAUCCCAGCACCUCAGAUGGGGAAACACCCUGGACAGAUGGCCAGUCCAUCACAGGGCUCACACACACACACACACACACACACACACACACACACACACACACACACACACACACACACACACACUUUAACAUCUCCUAUUCAUCUAUGCGGCAUGUCUUUGGAUUGUGGGGGAAACCGAAGCACCCAUAGAAAACCCACACAGACCGGGGGACAAUAUUAUUAUCAUUAUCUCCAUUUUUAUAUUUUCCUUCACUCAUCCCUCAUUCAGAUUUUCAUGAGCUGACAUUUAAUAUCGUUGGGAUGAUUAGAAAGUUGAUUACAAGGAGGUAGUAUGAGAACAUGGUGGGAAAAUUAAGCACUUCUGUAAUCACAGCAAUCUACCAAAAUAACCAGUCUGUAAGCUCACAAUAUAAUUGUUCCCAUAGUUCAUCACCACCAGUAUUAUUGGAUUAUAAUUCUGACCUUACCCAUUUUAAGGAAUAGUUCAACCAAAAAUUAAAAUUCGGUUAUGAUCUCAUCCCAACCCAAGAACAAAAGGAUUGUUUUGAAGAUUCUAUGUUAUUUUCCAUCCUGUCGCCAAAAAGGAUAAGCACAAAUUAUAUUUUUUGGUCUUUAGCUUGAAUAAAUAUUCCCCUUUUGAGGUCCACGGUCUGGACAAAAUUAUAGCAUACAAGUUUUUAAAAAAGAGACAUAAGGGUGAGUAAAUAAUCAUAGAAUUUGAACUUUUCCUUUAAUAAUGAAAGAAAGUCAAUAAACAUGAACCAUUCAAAGGGUUAGGCUACUUCACCACUGUCAAAAUGAGCUUUCAAUAAAACUCGGCUGCUUAUGUAGUAGAAAGAUGGGGGAAAAAAAUGAAAUGGGUGCUAUACCUGACUAGAGAAAACAGAAAUAGGCUUUUGUCUUCCCUUUUGACAAAUAGGUUGGAAAACUUCAAUACCCAUAAUGCACUAGGCAUGUCACGCAGAACCUGAUUUUGCUAGGGAUGGGCAUAUCAAUAUAAAGUAUCGAUAUAUCAAUACUGACGUUGAGUAUCGAAAGUAUCAAUACUCAAAUAAAUAUAUCGAUAAUAAGGUGGGUUUUUUUACCAGUGAUUUUGUUUAAUUAACAAUAAAUUUAAUGCAUGCAAUAUGCAUUGAAUUGGACACAUAUCCUAUGUUAGCGAAUAAUUGUGUAGUAGAACUAUUUUCCUGCUCAUCUGAACACGCAAAUGCUGCAAGUCAGAACCAAUCAAUCACAGAAAGCGUUCGCUCACUGCUGACACUACAUUCAAACAGCUGCAUGCGUUUAAUAUUGUAAGAAACCAUUGAUGCUUUUGGGAAACGCAGCCCAGAACAAUGCUUAACAGCAGACAGAACAACAUAAUAUGUUUGACUUAUUUCACAAACAAACAAAAUGAAAUAGUAGCCUACAUAGUUUUUGCAAUUACAUUUAUUUAAAUUGAACAUUAAAAGUUCAUAUUGAUGUUUUGUUCUGUAACUACACUGUCAGAAUACAAAGUUUGCAUUUUAUGGGUGCAACAGCCUGUCACUGGCAGUCCCUUAUGAAACUGAACCAUUACUACAGUGACCAUAGUUUUGUAGAUUUCCAUGGUUACCACUACAAAUAAACAUUUUAACCAUGUGUAAACAAAAAUAUAAUCUAAUAAAUUGCAAUUAAGGCGUAUUGAAUGUUAAAAUACCUUUCAAAUAUAAUGUUAAGUGGGUACCAUUACCCAUUUUACUCAUAGUAAUUCAAUAAUUUAAGGACUUAAAUUAUUAAUAAUUUAAUAACUUAAAUUCAGAUUAGAGGUAUCGUAUCGGUAUCGAUAUCAGCGAUUUUGGCCUUGAAAGUAUUGGUAUCGUAUC